AGACAGAGCCAUGUCUGACAUCCUCGCUCACUGAAAGAAGGAAGGACUGCUACAAAGCCAGAGCGACCGAGCAGAAGGAACGGAGGGGAAAGAGAGGGGAGGGAGGGCCGAGGGAAUAAAUGCAAACAGACCGGUGGAGAAAAAAGGGUGAAAAAGAUGCACAAGAGCUGCAUCAGUUCUUGUCCGCAAGGAACAAAAAACAUUGUGUUCGUGAAUGGGAGCUGGUGUGUGCAAUGAGAAACCAGGCAGACUUCAGACGCUGGUGUUGCUGAGCACCAAUCCUCUCCCUCUCUCUCUCUCUCUCUCUCUUUCUCCCUCUCUUUCUCUCUCUCCUCCGCCUGACACGACCUGAGCCGGGUAUGAUUUAGGGAAAGAGUUCAGAGGUUUGCAGCUUUAUGUUUUUGUAAAUAUGCAGCUGGAGAGGAUUUGAACGUGCUGUUAUUUCUGAUUGAACACAGUGUGCGACGUGGAGGCUCCUCGUGUUGCUGCUUCCAGGGCUGCUCCCCUCCUCACUGCCUCUGACUGUGUUUGGGCGAUGGUCCUGGCUGUGAAGCAGAGCAUCACCCAAAUGCCGGGCUCCGACUGUAUGGGAGGUUAAGCCGGUAGACAGCAGCAUGGGAGCCAAACAGAUGAAAUGGUAAGAGCUGAUUUUGUAUCAUCAGUUUAACAUUAAUGGCGCUCUAGGCUGCUAUUUUUGUCUGCAUCGCAUCAGCAGCAGUUAUACAACACAUCAGGCCUAAAAUUCAGGAGACUUCACAUCAUGUUAUUCAACAGCGUAAGCAUAAAUAUAUAUUAGCAAUCGAUUUCUCCAUAAUAUUGUGACUGAUGCUCUAACUGUGCAGGUUAUUGUUCAGUGUUUACAGGGCAGUAGGCGUGGGUGUGUCUCUCUGUGUGUGUCUGUGAGAGCUCAGCUGCUAUCACCUAGCAACCACAAAACUUCCAUUACCUGCUCAUCCAUUUCAUGAUUGAAAUGAAAUAAGGUUAUGUCCAGUUACAUCUCAAAACCUUGCUUUGAAAUGGACCUAUUUUGAUGCUGAAUAUUAAAAAAAAAAAGGCGCCAACUUUAACCAGACUUUGUUCAGUGUUUACUAUCAAACCAGCUAUGAGUUUCAUCACUGUCCGGUUGUUUAAAACAUAUUUUUGAAUAAAAAGGCAUCUGACUGGUCUGGGUAAUGCUCUGAUGAGUAAUAUGCUCGCUGUUGAGAGGAGGGCUACUUAGUCAGACAGGUAAAAGUGCCAAACUAAAGUGUGUAAGUCAGAACAUACAGGGCAGAAUCAGAUUUCGUUUACCGCUUUUUAGUCUACACCUGAGACGACGUAAUAAUAAUGAUAAAUAAUAAGGUGGUUCAUCAUGGAUACAUAUAUAAAUAUCUGGGACUAUCCCUUUAUCUUGCUUUUUUGUUCCUCAAAAUUUUAAGUGUAUUUUACCUGUGAUCAAACUGAUUAAUGUAUCUAAAUAGAAAGUCCUUGGAAAUUAAGAAUGGCUAAAAAUUGAUGAAAUGUCUUAAAUAAGACUUCGAUACUUUCAGAAAUAUUAUUAUCUAAUCGCAUUUUCACGCAUUUCAUUGUACAGUUACUGGAAACCCCUGACAGUAAGAAAAAUGAAGCUGAUUAAAAAGUCCAACAUUUACCCCUAAACAAAGCACCACAAAGAUAAAACUGAGUCUAAAACAGAGGUACUAAUUUAAAGUGCCUCCCCCUAGACAACUUUCCAACCCUGCUGAUUAAAUGCUGUAAAUCUGUCGCUCUGAAGCUCAUCUCACGCAAAUCCCAGUGCUAAUCUGCGGCUAACCCAUAUGCUCUAAAUCUAUCUGCAGCCUUUGUAUUUCUUCUUUUUGCACAAUAGUUGAGCAUUGAGUGACGAAGGUAAAUCUGUCAGUUUAUUGACCUAAUGCACCCCGAGACAAUGAAAGAGGAUAUUUCGAUAAUGUCAUCAUCUGCAAUGAUGAGAUUAGUUGGAGGCCGCUGCUUUGAUCCCCUUUGACGGACUUGGGGAUAAUCACGGCAGCAUCUGAUAAGACACUCGGCUGAUAUGACCCGCUGUAAUUACUCGUCCUGACAAACCGCAGGGAAGAAACUGCGCAAAGUUUCUCACUUUGAAAGUGUAGCCAGACGACUUUUAUAAGAUCUAACUCAGUAAGAACUGUAAUUCAUAUCUUACAGUUAAUGUCAUGUGUUUGCCUCAAGAGUUUGAGGACUAUUUCUAAUAAACAGAAGAUGUUUGCAGUCUAUAAAGGCAGAUUUUUACAUCUGUAGAGUCAACAGGAACACUGCUGUGAUGUACUUCACCACCUCAUUUCGCUCCCAGCUGAAACAAAACCAUGUGAGUGUGAAGGAGCUCUUCAAGCUAAUGUUGGUACUCACUAAACUUCCCAUCUAGUGCUGUCGUGAAUUGAUGAGACCCACAGCACCAAAACUUCAGAUGUUCCAAAAGAUGAUUUAAUACCACAUUACCUGCAAAAAGAUCCAGUAAACUUCAGCUUCACUGUGUCUUCAGAGCUGAUUUAACAGCUCGCUAACUUGCUAAGCUAAGAUGGUAGAAAUGAAAUCAGAUCUGCUUUAGUUGUGUGUGAGAGGUAGCUUUUGCUAAUGCCAGAUUACUCUGUUCCCCAUCUUGACCCUUGAUUUUAAGCUCAUAGGUGUUACUAAAAACAUUUUAAAGAAAACUUUUGAGGCUAGCUGUUAGCUCUACAUCAUAGUUGUUAGCAGUUAGCUAUUGUUACCCUGACCGCUGUUAUACUGUAAAUUACUGUUUAUGGUUCUGAGCUGUUAUGGAUCAAACAGCCCCAGCUUUUGGUUGGGAUACAAAUCUAGCCUCUCCUUUUCUUUGUUUGGAUAUUUUUGUGAUACACUGAAUCAACAAAGAGCUGUCAGGUGGGCCUGUCCUUUAGCAAUGUCCUAAUAAGACAAGCUGAACUUGAUAUCACAUGUUAGCCAUGACUAGAAACAAGCUGUGCAGUGCAGUGGAUCUGGAAAAAAGUAUCACAUGAAGAAAACCUCCAGCAGUUUGUUGUAAUAAAGUCCUUAUGCUUGUUUUGUUUUUUUUAACUAUAUCCUGCUACAGGCAAAAAGGCAGUCAUAGUUUGUCCAGGGUCCCUCCUGGCCCUCCUUGUAACCACCUCUUUCAUAUUCCAACCAGCUUUUUACUUAUCAGUCUGUGAACUUUUUGUAUUGCUGCCUUGUUGUCUUUUUGCAAGAUGUCCUGUACUCAAACGUUCAGAUGAAAAGUAGCUUUCGUGCUAAUCUCGACAUAUUUACACAGAUGCAUAUUGAUGAUAGGUUAAUUCAUGAGCACUGUCCUACUUCAGGAAGUUUGUUAGAAAAUAAUGAGGGCGAGGCAGCUUUGAUGAAUUUAAACAUUGCUUAUCCCUGCAGUGGUUCAGCAUUUUUACCAUUCGAGCUGCAUCCGAAACAUCCCCCUCUUCUUUUUCCAACUUGAAGUGCAGAAUAAACAACAAACAACCUUCACCAAUCUCUGACAGUCUUCCUAAGAAUAGACUCUCAGAGCUGCUGGCACGAUCGCCAUCUUAGAUACAGAACUAAUGCGCACUUUGCUAUGAGCAGAAAAAGGAUUUUACGCAUUAUUAUAUCAUUAUGAGACUAUGAACUAAAAUGAACAGAUAUUAUGAGUGCUGCUGCUCACUGUGUGUUGUGUUAUUUGCUCAAACUGAAUGAUGCUAUUAGAUAUGCAGAAAAUCUAAUUAACAACAUUCUUAAUCUUGCAGCAUAUGUAUGGAAAUAACAUGUUACUCUGUGAUUUCCUCGGGGAUCUCUUGGUUUGUAAACACAGAUUUAUCCCACACUGAAGUCCAGAGUUAUUUUUUUUCUUGGCCUGAGGAGCAGAGUGAUUUAUUGUGAUACUUUUCUGCUCCUUCUCUGGAAAAGAGUUUAGGUCUGUUUCCGCAGACGCAGGCUUGUUUUCUCAGGCAGACACAGAAGCAAAAAAAGAGGGAUCCCCAGCAAAAGGACCAUGCAUAAUGCCAUAGGUCAUAGGUCACAGAUACGGUUGAGUAUUUUUCCAAACACAGAGGAGUGAAGGUGACAGCCGGAGUGUCCUCCGGCUACCUCAGAUACUCUCAGAAGACAUAAAAUGUAUGUUCAUACAUGCUGCAGCACAAACCAGAGAUCCAGAAGUCGUGGCAGGAAGAUGUUUGAAAAUUUUGGAGGAAGGGGGAGCAAACUAUGUCAAGAAUUUCCUGUGAGAAAAAUGACAGAGUCGCUUGCAUUCUUGCCCCCGCUGUAUUUACCGAGCAGGUUUCAAUCCUGUUCUGUCUUGUGUUUUUAUAAAUGUUCUUAAACAGUCUGUCUGUGAUGCGCUCUGGUCCUCCAGGCUCUACUUGUUUAAAACAGAUAUGGUUUAAAAUAUUUAGCCCAGAUGGAAUUAAUUCACAUUUUUAUGCUCCUUGGGGAGUUAUUUAGGCGUACAUUUCCAUUUUAUGUGGUUGGGUUUAUUUAUUGCCAUUUGUUUGGCAGGAGAUGCCAAACGCUCACUCCUGCCUGUGCCUGCCAUCUGUUUCAGCCUCAGCUCAGCCAGCCCUGCUCACUCCCCUAAAGAGGAGUAUGUUAUCACCCAGGCCACUGACACCCCCAAAGAGGAAACACUCCGCGAUCAGUCUGAGGACCAGGGGGAACCCUGGGAUGACAAAUCUGAGUUGACAGAGAAGAAAUCAGUCGCAGGUUGGUUGGCUGCACAUCAACUCUAGUAGAGAAAGAUACGAAUGAAUCCCUGCAAAUAAAAGAAACCCUCUUUUGCCUCAUCCUUUCUGUUCACUCUGUCGCUUCUUUUCAGAGGAGGUGUCUCUGUGUGGACUGUGUCCCUCCCUUGGGCAGGAUGGGCAGGAGGAGGAGAAGUCCUGGGAGGAGCAGCUGGACGCCCACCAGGAGCAGCUGGAGAAGGAGAUGCAGGAAGCCAGGAGGAUGGUGUUCCGCCUACAGGUAAGUCCGGCUGGUUAACCACUGAAAAACAAACUCUGCUGCUGCUGUAUGAAUAAACUGGCUGCGAGUAAACAGACCACAGAUACAGCGAGGAAGACGAGAGCACAAAAUGAACAUCCGGUGAAACUUCAACAUCAAUCACGAUUCAUUAAUCUCUUCCCUCCGACUCGAGUAAGCAAAAAUUUGAUUUUGAGAAAUGAUUAUGGGAAAUUAAAAUAACUUGAGAAAAUAAUUACAGAAUAAAAGACAUUUCAUUUUCAUUAUCAGGCGAGCAGGAUCACUGUUUACUAAAUGAUUGGUUCCAGAUUUGCUCUGUUGAAAGUUUGGAUAAGAAAGGAAAUGUGACAUCCCCCCGAGCUCCUCCGGGUGAAUAAUGAGAGUAAAUGAUGAUCAGAGUGACUCAAUAGACAUCUCUCUUUUGAAUGUGAUGAUAUACACAGCUAAUCAGUCACCGCUUAUAACACUUCAUAAGCAUUGCUAUAAGGUGUUAUAAAUGCAUAUAAUCAUUUGUAAGGGUUGUUAUAAAGCCGUAUAGAUGCAUUUGUAAGGCUUUAUAAAUGUGCAUGAUGUACUGUAAGAGGUGGGUUCAUAUAAAGUGUUACCAAUUAAUUCAACAGCUGGUCAGACUGACUAAUCUAUUCUCACACUGUAGCAUCAAUAUUCAUUCAUUCAUCCAUUUAUUCAUUCAUUCCAAUACAGUGAUUGGAAAGGAGCAGGAUAAAGCAAACUUAUAAUACCUGCACCUUUCUUAAAACGAAUAACCACAUACAUCAGACCCGUGUAUGUUAGUCAAAAUAAAAACCAUAAAUAAAAACUAUAACUUCCAUAUUCUCUGUAUAUACAACUUUUUAAACUAUUCUUGCAGCCCUUUUCUUCUAAUGUUAGUGAAUUCCACAUUUUCGCUCCAACAACAGAAGCACACAUUUGUUUUCUAGUAGUCCUUGCCAUUUGGUGUUGAAAAUUAAAUUUUCUUCUUUAAUUAUCAUCCUGUGAAAUUCAAACAAAUAACUUCUGCAGAUUUACAGGCAACAGUCCACUUUGUGUUCCCUGAAAUCAACAUUGUGCAUUACUCUUAUACAGUAACUCAAAAACGGCAUAAUAAGCAAAGAAUAUAAGAUCCUUAUUGAUUUUUAAUCUGAUACAUAUUUUACUUUACUUAAAGCAGAAAUAUUUUCUGACACCUUAUUUUGAAUAUCAGCAAUAUGUGGUUCCCAUGUUUUAAUUUCAUCCACUAUCACACCUAAAAAAAACACAUUUCUGACACCCAUUUAUCAUAACUCCAUUAAUAGACAACAAAACAUAAUCAUCCAUUUUUACCUCCGCCAAGGAGGUUAUGUUUUCGGUAGCGUUGGUUUGUUUGUUUGUCUGUUUGUCUGUUAGCAACUUUACAGAGAAAGUAACAGACGGAUUGACCUGAAAUUUUCACCAGAGGUGUGUCUCAGCCCCAGGAGGAUCCCAUUACAUUUUGGUGGUGAUCCGGACAAAAUUCUGGAUACUGUGAUCCAGAACACACAAAAAUAAGGGUGUCAUUGGAAUUUUCAAUGCUGAAAGAUAACCAAUGGGCGGCACAGUGGUGUAGAUAGGCGGCACAGUGGUGUAGUGGUUAGCACUGUCGCCUCACAACCAGAAGGUCGUGGGCUCGAAUCCUGGUCAGGGUGUUUCUUGUUUAAGGGGGGACAUGAGCUGCUUGGCGGAGGUCUGCGCUCUCUGAGUGCUUUUCUAGUUCUAUUUGUGAACACCAUAAACUUAGUUUUACUCCAGUUAAAGGACCAUUUGUUUGUAUCAAUCUUUUUAGUCUAAUUAUCUCAUUUUGCAGUUGAGGUAAUUUAGACUUAUUUUGUUAAUAUUCACAACACAAAAUAUUCUGGACGUGGACAGUCAUUUAGCGUUUGGAUAAACAUGCUGCUGCAAAGGCUCAUGGGACUGUUGAUACUGAUGCAAAAAUGAGGAUAACACAGUUAAUCAGCCAAUAAUCUUUGAGAGUUGUUCAUGUUUUAUGGCGUUCAUUAUGCAGAUGGCACAGAAGCUGCUCAGUGAGUGAAGAUCUCUGACUCUGAUCAUUAUUCAACACACCAGCUCGCCUCAGUAUCAAGCCAGUGUAUUUUGCAAUAACAACGUCAUACUGCUCAGGUAUUUUUGGAGUCAGUUUUUCCUUCAGCCAAAUACUACAAUAUUUGUGGAGAGCGAAAAAAUUCAACAAAUUGCACGGGGUGUAAAGUACGGUGUUGUGAGGCAAAAGCUAAACAGAAGCCAAACAGCAGAAAAACAUCCAAGAACUGGCUGGGAAGAGUCCAGUCAGGAGACGGAGCCAGAGAUACGCUGGAGCUGGAGUUUUCUUUUCUGUGGGUGCCAAACUCAGGUGCUCUAAACCUGGCAAAGUUUUAACACAGUACUUGGUUAACUUGUUAUAACACAUCGAAAACUUUGCUCCUCACUCCACAGCCCGUGUAGACAUGUCCAAAACUUCAGCAGCGUUCAUGCAAAGCUGAGCAGUCCUGUUAUAUGUUUGUCAAUUUUAUGGGAAAGAUUAGUCAAACAUCAAAUUUUUAUCUCGCCCAGAUGGCGCCUGCUUUCACUCCCUUUGUUUUCUCUCAUAUCUCAGAUCUGUUUGGUUUGAAUGAAUGAACAAAAAACAGAUGUUUUUGGCAAUUUGGUUUGUGUCUGUUCCCCGGGAUUAGCAUGGUUAAACAUGUAAGAAAAUGAAAGAAACUGGAAUUAAAUGAGCACCCAGCUAUGCUCGCUGCCCAAUUAUUGAUAUGAACACUGAAUAAACACAACUAAAUAAACAUGAAAACAGAGUGAGAUGAAAUUAGAAAAUGUGACAAAUGAGCAAACAAGCCAACUGGUGAAUAUUUGAUAGUUUUGUUAGAACUUGAAGUCAAUAUUGGCAAACUAAUAAUUUGAUAAUUCAGCCUGGUUAUGAAAUUUUGAGUUUAAAUUUGAGCAUGUUCAUGGUUGGAGCCUGUGGUCUGUGUAUUUUUGCAGGCCUGUUGUGUUAUUUUUGUUAAAGAGAACUUAUUGCAGUUUAAUCCACUCGCGUCAGAAACACGAUGUGCAGCCAAGUCCAAAAACCCCGCUGCUUUAUUUACAAAUACAAAACACAGAAAUAAAUCUCGCCUCUCUGUCAUGUAUAUUUAAUAAGAGUCCUCGCAGGCCUCUACACUGUGCGACUAUAUAUAAAUUAAAUGAGCUUGUGUCUUCGUCCUCAGGCUUUGCUGCUGCAUGGCUCUCUCCCUGAGGAGGACCAGGAUGGAUCUGUGAGCUUCGGAGAUAACCGGGCGAACGCUGAGCAGCAGCUGGUACAGUGCCCUCUCCCUGCUAACUCGUGAAAAUAACAAGUUUCUGUGCGCUCUGUGUGAAGUGUCACUGUCAGACCUUCUGUUGUGAUGAUGUUUGCAGCCAUCGCUCCUCUCCAGAGCAGCUACAGUAGAGCGCUAUUGCAUCCCUCUGAUCCGCUCGCACGCUGUCAUGCGGCCGCUCUGCCUUCUCAUACGGUCUGACAUUUUUCCGUUCUCUAAUUACGCCGCUCAUACCCUCUCUCCCUUUGAAGGUUCUAAUCCGCAGUCGUCUGGACCAAAGCGUGGAGGAAGCCCUUGAUCUCAAGGUACAGUAAGUAAAUGUAAUUAGGUUUAAUAAAGAUGAGCUGCUGAGCAAAGAGUCCCUCUCUCUAAUGUCUCUGUCCAUUUGUGCUGCUCUUAGAGGGAGCUUCUCAGACACAAACAGGAGGCACGCCACCUUCAGGCCAUCAAGGUAAACCUCUAAUUUUGUCCUUUGAGUGAGAAUUAAACCGGAUUAAAGGAUAUAAUUCAAUCCACUCCUCUCUUGUGCGAGCUCACACUGACAACUCUGCAGUUUCUAAUGCUCACACACGAUAUUAUUUUGUCUUCUGAAGCAUAAUGAACUUUGGAGGUGGCCGUGUGCCGCCCAUAGGACAGGUGGAUGCUGCUGUAUCUGUAUUCAGGUCCGGUCUGGACAUUUCUUUGAUCUCCCCCGCUCUCUCAUUAGGAUGCUCUGCAGCAGCGCCUAGCAGUGCAGGAGGACGCCGUUCUGCAGCUAAAGCAGGAAGUACUGAGGAGCAACAUGGCCAGAGAUCAGCUAGAAGGGGAAAAUGUGAGACAAGUCAUGACUUCCAUUUGACGCCAUGAAAUAGUUCACCCGUUUGACCCACGGAUGCAGGUGAAUGGGAGAGCAAUGUAUUAUUGUUUACCAUGCUGAUGUUCCUGUUUGCAGGCAGAGCUUAAAGCCAAGCUGAGUGAAAAGAACAAAUUCCUCGGUGAAUAUGAGGUACCAUCUUUCAUUAUUGGAGCAUUCUCCUGAUACAUAUAUGUAUGUCCUGACAGCUGUCAUCCAUCUUUCUUGUCACAACAGCAACAACUUGGGAGAAAGGAGAGAAUUCUGCAGCAGCAGAAACACGACGAGGCUCAACAUAAAGCACAUGAAGUCGGCCGAGCACGGGUACGAAUAACGACCUACUACAAGUUUAUAGAACUAUAUAUGCUUGAAUGUAAGUCAGCUGUCCCUGUUUAAGUAUUCACAUUUACUGUUGUCUAUUUUACAGUCAUUCAGGAAUGAAAGCAGUGGUUACAGUAACUCAGUGGCUUCAUCUUCUCCUGCUGCAUUUCAGCAUAGUUCACCAGUACGUACAUCCUUCUAUAUCCAUGUAUGCAUGUAUUGGUUUAAGAUUUAAAGUCACACUCUUCAAAAAUGACAGCACAGUUUAUAAGGGUUAUCAGAGGGAAGGAGAAAAAUAUGAUGGGAAAUUUUCACUUUGGAGGAUUUAUAUAUCUGUCACGUAUUUUUGCCCAAAUAACAAGUAAUGUCACAAAUGAGAAUUUUUAAAAAUCAUAAAUUUAACUCAUUGGCUCAAAAUUAGAGACACUGGGAUUAGAUAAAUCCUACAUUUUAAGCCACAUUUUUAUCAGCUAAUGAAAAUGAAACAGACUUGACUGUAUUUUGAUGCCUGUUUAUGACCAAAGCCACAAGAAUCAGUGCUUCUAUGUGGUAAAUUUGAACACUUUUAAUUACUGCAAAGGGGUUGGUGUCGCACAAGAAGACUCACAGCACACUGAAUUAAGUCUGAUUUAUAUGUUCCACCACCCGUUAGUGAUGCAAUUGGCUUAUAGAGGUAAAAGGUUAGAUUUCAUGAUUGAAACAUUACCAAGACAAUUACAGGGGGCGCCAAAAUCAACACAAAUCAAUUCAUCAUGAUUGCUUUUAUAUGAUUAGCCAAAUAACUGAUAGACCGUGUGUGUAUGACUAUUAUUCAAGUUGGUGUUUUUCACAGGGGGAAGAGCUGCAGCUGGUCAGAGAGGCUCUGCGUAGUUUGAGGGACAGCUUUUCCGGCCAUGACCCCCAACAUCACACGUUGGACACCCUGGAGCAGGGCGUGUCCAGUCUCAUGGACCGCUUACACUCUGUGGACACCCAGCGUAGACAGGACAGAGGGGUACACUCACACACUCACCUACAUUGACACACAGUUAGAGUGUCACCUGAUGAAUGAUGAGUCAAUAGCAGGUGACAUUUGACUGUUUACCAAAAGGUAUUGUUUCCCUUUCUAGGAGGAAUUUAAAUCACCGGGACGCAGAGCCAACUCCACAGACCGUGACUCCUGGCCGCCGAGCUCAAGUGAGACAAACAAAAUCUUUGUUUUGUUUGGGAUUUGUCAUCCUCUGCAGUAUCUCUAGUGUGGCUGUUAAAUCAAAUUGUACCAUUCAAUCACGCUGCUGUGUGUGGAGAGAGAGAGCAUUACUGGCUGAGGACGGAGCCGUUUUCAGGCUCUUGUUUUCCAAAAAAGGUGUUUUUGUUUUUAUCCUCAGAAAUGGCACACUCGCACAGCAGCCCAGGGUUGGACACAGCUGUCUCUACUAAAGUGCUCUACUUCACUGAUCGCUCCCUCACACCGUUUCUGAUUAACAUCCCAAAAAGGUGAAAAUGAAGCCCUCCAUGAUGCAAUUGUACCACAGCAUAAUUGUUAAUCCUCUCUGUUCAUUGUGUUGCAUGUAUAUUACAAACCACAGGUAAAAACACAGCUUGAAUCUGGCCUACACUCAUGCUACAGUGUCUGUACUGAGUUAGCGUCAGUCCUAGACAAGCUUAAUGUCUGAGUGGGUGUGUGUGGGCAGAGAUCAUGACUGACAGUGAGCUUUUACAGGUUGGGUGAGGUGACACUGCGAGACUUCAAGGCAGCCGUGGACAGACAAGGCAGUUUCAGAUACCACUUCAAGGCCCUCGACCCGGAGUUUGGCACGGUGAAAGAGGAGGUAGGCGUUGGAGUAAUAUUACAGCCCCUACUUCUUUUCAAAUCAGCGUCUGUAGCCAAAUAUGAAAUGCCAGUGCUAAGAAUAACCGUGGCUGCACAGUUCUUUGAAACACUGCAGGAGGACUCAUUUCCAUCUCAGAGAAUCCAAUAACGCUGUCCACACCUUUAUACAUUAUAGAUGUGAGUUUUUCUUAGAUAUGUAAAUGUGGGAUGUUUGCCGUGCAGGUGUUUCAGGAUGGAGCAGUCGUGCCGGGCUGGGAGGGGAAGAUUGUUGCGUGGGUGGAGGAAGACCACGGAGAGAGGAGGUAGAGCUGAAAACCAGAGAUCACCACUACAGACCUCAGUAGUCCCCACUGGACCAGAAAUUUACUUAAAAUAUACUUGUGAUGCCAUAACAAAGAAAAGUUAUAAUACACAUAACUGGGACCAAUAAAUCUAACACAAUUUCAGUACAAAGCUUUGUUUUAAAAAUGAAUGUUUCAUCAGAAUUUGACUUGACAUUUUAGUCACACUUUUAUUUAUGGAAGGAGCGGAUAUUACGUGUUGUUUACAGCUCUCAUUUUAUGGGACUUCCUAUAAAUGGUCAGUAUUGUGAUACUUGAAACUGAUUUAUGAUGGAAACAGAUUGCGAUUCACAGAAAUAAUAUAUACUCUGCUCUCUAAAAAAAGCUGUAAUCAGCGCAUAAUAGACAAACCUUCAAAUAAAAGUGUACACUAACACUUUCCACAUGUUCCAGAUUGCCAAAUAGUGAUGUUGUUCUGCAUAAAUUUUGAUGUUUUAAUAAACAUGAAUUAUCGCAUGCA